GUUUUUCAAACAUUCAAUUUGGUCCACCUCAGUAAGACAGCCCACAACGCUGGCAGCUAGACAUUUUAUGUCACUUUCGUGGAAAGAUCUGCGUGUCACCUUCAACAGCUAGAGUUGUCCCAUUACCUAAGGCCGAAAGCACUCCAGAGUGGUUUUCCCUCUAAGACCUAAGAUCUGCAAUUCAGACGUGGGUGAAAGUAACAGGUUUUGACUUGGUGAUUUGCCCAGGUUCGACGCUACCAGGAUGGACCGUCGGGUUUGAAGCCAGACAAUCCCAUAGUUGUGCGUUGGGUUUGUGCUUGAUAUGCUGCUUGGUCUCCUGGCACCACAUCUGGAAAUUUCUCAUGCAAUCCUUCUUUAGGUGGUGUUUGGUAAGAGGCUCAUGUCAGUAUUUUUACCAAAAGCAUGAACGCCGGUAGUUAAGUGAGGAUGAGAGUCGCGGUGUCACUGUGCUGAUGCUACUUUUUGAAUCUUGGCGCGGAGAGUUUGUACCUGCUGUGGUCUAUGUGCCAUUGGGUUUGGAGAUGAGAUUGGAGAAGCGGCCAGCAGUGUUGCAUUUGCCUGGACACCUGGCUGGUGGCUUGCGGGAUCCAGACGAGCAGAAGCUGUCGCUCGGUUUGGCGCAACGAGGCUAUGUGGUCCUCAGCUUUGACCCAAUCUCGCAGGGAGAGCGUUUGCAGUAUGGGCCGAAGGCCGUCACACUGGAGUGCCGUGCUAGCAAGGAAGAGAAGGGCAGCGACUGGGGUGGCAAAUUUCCUCCAUGUAAAGGUGAAGGGCCUCCCUGCUCGGUGGCGCACAACCACUUUGGCCAGCAGCUUUGGCUCUUGGGCCGUGGAGCAGAGGAGCUUUUCGUACGCGACGCUCAACGGGCUUUGGACAUCCUUUCGGAUCUCCCCUUCGUGAAUGCGUCAAGCAUUGGUGUGGUUGGAUGCAGUGGUGGUGGCACUUUGACUGCCUACCUGGGUGCGGUAGAUGCUCGAGUCACAGCUGCUGCAGUUGCUUGCUACUUCUCGACUCUAGGUCGAGAAUUGGUAGAAGGCACCUGCAACUAUGAUGCGGAGCAGAUCAUAUGGGGCAUGGCAAAGUAUGGCAUCGACAAGCCGGACAUGCUUCGUGCGAGAGCUCCUCAAGCCACUGCUGUUCUCCUGACAUCCCACGACUGCUUCCCUAUCGCGGGCGGCCGCGAAGGCUUUGCAGAGGUGGAAGCUGCAUUUCACGCUCACGGAGAUGCCACGAACCUCUAUGCCAGUGAAGCACCUGGCUUUCAUGAGGUCACAGAGACAGGGCUGGAUGCGGUGCAGACCUUCUUUCAUGACCAGCUCGGGCCAAGUCCGGACUGGCUGCUGCCCGUCUUAGAUCCAUCGCCUUUGCCAUGCAGCAUGCUGUGGUUCGGCGAAUCUCAAAUGAAGGCAGGGAUUGCAGGACCACGUGUGCCAAUGCCAGAGCACCUUCGUCUCCUGGCGCAGCCGAAGCGCCAGUCCCUCCGGUGGAAGCGGCGUGGGGAGGCUGUCGGCAGAGGAAGGAGCUGGUUGGCUUCACUGCCUCAGGUCAGUGCACGGAUUGCCAAAGUGCCAGCCGAAGCCAUCAACAAGGUUUCAACAGCUGGUGCUGAUCAUGCAGUGGUGGCAGCCAAAACGCAGUACUACAGCUUUGGAAAGGAGGACUGGUUCAUCCUCUAUACGGACAGCUCUUGCGCUGUGACGCUACGUCUCUACGAGACAGCUGGGCGACCAAAGGAGGAUGUGGUGGUCUUGAUCUUUGGCGGGCCGACAGAUGUAAAUCGACAACUCAGCCGACAAGAGGACCUUUUGCUGCAACAACUGCAGGAUCAUGGCUUCGGUGCCGUGGCCAUUUGUGGCCUGUGCGGCUUCGGGGACCAGUUCUGGCGCGAUGGGCUUUGGCAAUUUGCACCGUUGCUACUAGGUGAGACUCACACUGGCUUCCAUGCUUCAGAGGUGCUCUAUACAAUGUCUUGGGCCUUCAGGCAGCUUGGAGCGCGGCAGGUGGUACUGAUCGCACAUGGUGGUGCAACCGGAGCUGUGUUGCAUGCGGCAGUUCAUGCACCAGGCUCUGAAGACCGCCGCAUUGGUGCUCUCGUCCUGCUUUGGGCACCCAGCUUCGAAGAAGUGGCUCGUGCAAAGAGGCAUUGGCUUCCGUGGCAAAUGCAGAUGCAUGGCGUCCUGAAUCACUAUGACCUUCCUGACCUGCUGGCUGCGAUUCCGCGGAAACGUGCCGCACCGACGUUGAUUGUGGAGCCCCGUGGAGCCACGAGAGCAUCACUGCCCCGUGGAUUUGCCUGGAGAAUGUACUGGCUUGCUGCCAAGCGACUGCGGCGAGCAGGACACAGCUUGCGGAUAUUGGCAGGCUGCCGUUUGAGCCAGCUGUGGCGGGCCAGGGAGAUUGUUGCUUUUCUGCAAGCGCGGGUGGCACAAGCUUAGGGUACCUACAGAGAUACCCUAAUGACAUGCCAAUGUUUGACUUAGUGUUUGUGGAGCACAAACGUGCACUGCCAGAUAAUGACCCAGAGGAAUUUCGAACAAGGACUUGAGCACGAGAAAUGGGCCUGUCGGAUCCUGUUGGAUCUUGUC